UCGAAAACCCCCAAAAAAGAAAAAGGUUGGAAAGUGCUGUGACGGUACAUAAGGAGCCGCAUGGAAAUUUCAUUUCAUUUCGUUUGGAGUUUACAACUUUGAACUCAUCUCUUCAGUUCCCUUUUCUCGCUCUUCUCUUCUCUUGUUUGUUGUAUUAGCGAUGGUGAAAUCGAACGAAAAUGGUUCUGGUUCAGGUGCGGUGCCUCCGUUCUUGAAAAAGUGUUACGAUAUGGUGGAAGACCGGAACACGGACUCCGUUAUCCGUUGGAGCGACGGCGGCGACAGUUUCGUCAUAUCUGACACCACGCAAUUCUCCGUCACGCUACUUCCUACCUAUUUCAAACACAACAACUUCUCCAGUUUUAUUAGACAACUCAAUAUUUAUGGUUUUAGGAAAAUUGAUACGGAUUGCUGGGAAUUUGCCAAUGAAAAUUUUGUUAGGGGUCAAAAGCAAUUGUUGAAAAAUAUACGCAGAAGAAAACAUCCGCACGUUGCAGACCAACAAAAAGCAUUGCCGCAGAAUGACAAUAGUGAUGAACCAUCCCAAGAGGUACCCCAUCAUGGCCUCUGGAAAGAAGUUGAGAAUCUCAAAUCUGAUAAAAAUUCGCUGACCCAGGAGUUGGUCAAACUCAGGCAACACCAGGAAUCUGCUGAGAACAAGUUGCUGCUCCUGAGCGAUCGCCUUCAAGGAAUGGAAAAGCAUCAGCAACAGAUGUUAUCAUUCUUAGUCAUGGUCGUGCAAAGCCCUGGGUUCCUGGUUCAAUUGCUUCAUCCAAAGGAAAAUAAUUGGCGUUUGUCUGAAUCAUGGAAUGUAUUAGAUGAAGAUAAACAAGAUGACAAGCCAAUUGCUUCUGAUGGGAUGAUAAUAAAGUAUAAGCCACCUGUAGGUGAAAAACUCAAGCCUGUAGUUCCCCUACCUCCUGCUUUCGAAAAACAAUCAGAACCUGAGCUGGCUGCCGAUGGGUUCAAAGACUUGUGCAUUAGUUCCGAGUUCAUGAAAGUGCUUAUGGAUGAAAAAUUGAGUCCACUAGAAAACCAUUCUCCCUUUCUCCUACCAGAUUUACCUGAUGACGGUUCAUGGGAACAGCUUUUCCUAGGCAGUCCUUUCCUGGGAAACAUUGAAGAUUCUAAUAAAGAAAGUGAGGAGCGCACGGAUAGUGGAAUGGAAAUGGAACCGAUAAUAUCAGAGACUCCAAAUGAAAAUUCUCGAACUUUUGAAUCGAUGAUUGUAGAGAUGGAGAAAACUCGAGAAUGAGUUGGAAUUUGGAGGGGCCAGAGUUUGGAAUCUCAUACUGAGCUAAUGGAGCUUUUGUUUCUGAAACUAACAAUAUAUAGGGAAGGAAGUAUUAAUGUCCAUUAUUUUUCAGCUGGGCUGUCUUCACAAAUUGCUUGGCGCUAUAAUUAUAUUAUAGUAUUAAGUCGCAAUUAUUAUCUCUCCUAUCUUUCAUGGUAGAGAUCCUCAUCUCGAAUCCGUGUAAGCCUGCUCUCAUUUAUCUGUUGAGAUGCUAGAUAUGCAUGUUAUUUUUGUGUGUGUGUGUGUGUGUUUUUGGAUAGAUGAUUAAACAUACUUUAAGAGUUUGAAGGUUCUGUCGAUAUUGUGCUGUCAGUAAGGUUCAGUUUGUAUCUGAAAACUAAUCCUGAUUUUCCUCGUGGACAGGUUUUACCAUCUUGAUAGAUGUGAGAAUGGGAGAUGUCUGGUAGUGUGGCUGCCUAUUUAUGAUGGAUCGAAUGUUUCUUACUUGGAGAAUUAUAAGGGAGAACGGCACCUUUAUUUUUUGCAUGUUAUUGGACAUGCCUUCAUAUAUAAAAUUUCAUAUGAUGCAUGCAUACUACUUUUGCAUAUUAUUGCAGAAGCCAGUGCUUCUGACAUGCUGUUUGCUACCUACCUGUAUAGUUCUCAUGCCUCUGAACCAUGUUUGUGUUUGAUAUGGCGGCCAAGAGAUUCUGUUGCCCCCACAAAAAGUGACAUCAUAGUAUGA